CUCAGUGUGCUAUUAUCAUGUUUGACGUGACAUCCAGAGUUACCUACAAGAACGUGCCCAACUGGCAUAGAGAUCUGGUGCGAGUGUGUGAGAACAUCCCCAUCGUGUUGUGUGGCAACAAAGUGGACAUUAAGGACAGGAAAGUGAAGGCAAAAUCGAUUGUCUUUCACCGAAAGAAGAAUCUUCAGUACUACGAUAUUUCUGCCAAAAGUAAUUACAACUUUGAGAAGCCCUUCCUCUGGCUCGCCAGAAAGCUCAUCGGAGACCCGAACUUGGAGUUCGUCGCCAUGCCCGCUCUUGCCCCACCAGAGGUCGUCAUGGACCCAGCCUUGGCAGCGCAGUAUGAGCACGACUUAGAGGUUGCUCAGACCACUGCUCUCCCGGAUGAGGAUGACGACCUGUGAGGACGUGAAGCGGGGCCGGCGUCAGAAGUCUAGUUUUAUAGGCAACUGUCCUGUGAUGUCAGCGGUGCCGCGUGUGUGCCACUUUGUUAUCUAGCUAAGCAGACAUGUGCUUCAUCUUUGGGAUGCUGAAGGAGAUGAAUGGGUUUCGGAGUGAAUGUGGCAGUUAAACCUUCAUUUUUUGGACCUGCAUAUUUAGCUGUUUGGAACGCAGUUGUUUUCCUUCUUGAGUUUCAAAUAUAAGACUGCUACAGUCACAUCACAAUAUUCGGUGGUGAAAUCUUGUUUGUUACUGUCAUUCCCAUUCUUUUUCGUUUAGAAUCAGAAUAAAGUUGUAUUUCAAAUAUCUAA